CCGCCCAUCACCAUAACAAAAAUGUCUUCUUCUCAAUUCCCAUCUCUCCCCAUCCAGAACCCCUGUAUAUUGCCAAUUGACAAGCCCCAGCGGCACACAAAAUGCCGCUCCUAUACAUUAGGGCCGUCGCCCCCUUCAUGCCCGGCCACAACGCAACAGACGUAAUAAUCAACGAAAUCCACUUCAACCGCACCGCCCUCGACCACUACAACUACACCCUCUACACAAACGGCACCCUCUCCAACGGCACAGACUGCUACCUCGCCUUCCAGCACUUCCGCCCCUCCAUGUUCGCUAACAACGGCUCCUUCAUCAAUGGUACUUCCUGCUACGCGCCUAUCCAUGAUAUCGGCCGCCGUGCGGGUGUGGGAAUGGGGUUCGCCUUACUGUUUGCUAUCUCGAUUAUAUUCAAUUUAGUUGGGUUGAGGAAGCAUGGACGAAGGUAUUUGCCGCCGCCGGCGGAUGAUUUUGAGAGGAGGCUCAGGUUGAAUUUGAAUUUGCCGAUUGAUAAACGCUGGAUGCCUGUUGGGAGGCGGUGGAAGUGGUAUUGGUUGAUUGGGUUGAGUGUGAUUGGGGCUGUGGGGGCGUUUAUGAGUAUUGAUGUGGAUCGGGACCAUGUGCAGAGUUCGCCGUUGGUUAUUCAGAGUAUUUUUUAUACGCUUUUGACGCCAGUUAUGAUGGCGGCGGUUUGGGAGGGUGUGCGGCAUUGGGCAAGCUUUCAAUACCGCCAAAUUACAUCCCGCGACCCCUACGCCUUUACGCAAAAGUCCACCCGCGAAGCACAAGAGCUAUAUAUCCCGCUCGUAUUCUACGUCUUCGCGUUUAUCAACUUCUUCCUUGCCGUCCCGCGCAGCUGGGAUAGCAUCGAACUCCAACGAAGUCCCUCGCAAACCCUAGACCGCGCGAAACCCUUCGCCACAGACUCCCGCUUCAAAGCAGCAGGGUUUAUGGCCCUAGUCGCGGUUGCUGUUAUCUGCUAUAGCCUUGAGCAUAGUGUUUAUCGGUACAUACCGAAACCUAUUUCCGGUACCAGAAGAGGAGCAUGGGGAAGACAAGCCAUGUUCUACAUCCAAGGCGCACCAUCCCAAUACCUCAUCGCGAUCAUCCUGCUCCUCAUCAAAAUCGCCUACGACAUCGCCUCAGCCUGGGACUGGAAUAUCUCACCCCUCCGCUACAGCGUGCACCCAGGGUGGAUAUACGGCCUAGGCUUCACACCCGCGAUACUACUCAUAAUACUAUUCAACAUCGUCGGCCUCUGCGAGAUAAAUGAAGACAAAGCAAUCAUCGCGCAGCGCAUGGAAAUCGAAACCGCACUCGCCAGCGAUACUCCCCUAGGCAAGAAAAGUCUGAUGGAUAAAUGGAUUGGUCGACUUCAUUUGCCCAUGACCAAACAUAAGAAACGGGAGAAAGAGGUUGAGAUGGAGAAUAUCAAGAAAGAUGACGGGGUUGAGGUUACCGCUGCGGAGAGGGACAGUCAGUCUAGUGGGACUGUGGCUAGGAAUCCGUUUUUGGAUAACAGUAGUGCGGAGGAUUUUGUGGAUGAGGUUUUUAAGGAGGUUGAGGAGAGGCAGCGGGUUUAGGAGUUGGUAUAUUUGUUAUACCGUGCGCUGGUUGUUUUAUCGUCUGGAUUGGUAGGCUAUGAUAUACCUAAUUAAUAAUGUCUAGUAUCUGUACAACAGUUCUGUGAGAACUUUUGCUUAGCACUGUAAUAAUGAAGACAACG